AUGGACACCUUCAGCACCAAGAGCCUGGCCCUCCAGGCCCAGAAGAAGCUCCUGAGCAAGAUGGCCUCCCGGGCAGUGGCGUCCGCCUUCAUCGACGACACCAGCAGCGAGGUGCUGGACGAGCUGUACCGUGCCACCAAGGAGUUCACCCGCAGCCGCAAGGAGGCCCAGAAGCUGGUCAAGAACCUGGUCAAGGUGGCAGUGAAGCUGGGCGUUCUGCUGCGCGCCGGGCAGCUGGGCUCCGAGGAGCUGGCGCGGCUACAGCGCUUGCGGCAGCAGGCGCGCCGCCUGGCCAUGACCGCUGUCAGCUUCCACCAGGUGGACUUCACCUUCGACAGGCGCGUGCUGGCCGCCACCCUGCUUGAGUGCCGGGACCUGCUGCACCAGGCGGCCGGCACGCACCUAACCGCCAAGUCCCACGGCCGCAUCAACCACGUGUUCGGCCACCUGGCCGACUGCGACUUCCUGGCGGCGCUCUACAGCCCCGUGGAGCCCUACCGCUCCCACCUGCGCCGGAUCUGCGACGGCCUCACCCGGAUGCUGGAUGAGGACAGCAUAUGA